AUGAAGUGGCCCUCGGUGUCUUCCUUGGCUUUGCGCCUCGGGAAGAAGAAAUCCGCGGCACCCGCAAUCAAGCCCGAGCAGGAGGAUCUCAUCAUAUUCGAAGCCGGCGAGUUCUGUGUGAGCUCUCUUAUUGAAUACACCCUGUUGGCUCCCGCACCUCACGCAACCGAAGAAUCCAUCCGAUACGGCAUGGCAGCGCGUGGCGGCUCGCGAAUGUCUAUGUCGCAAGCCAAAGGGGACAUCCAGAAGGCAAAACGCGAGGCCGAGAAGCUCGCCAAGAAAUUCUCGACCCAGGCGUGUCUGGCUGAUGAAGGAGCCCCGGUCCACCUUCUUGACGUCUAUGAGCCAGAGGCCAGGGCUAGAUAUUUCUUAGAUCUCAAACCAGAGGCCAGCUUCGGAUCCUACUUUGACCUCCAACCACAGGUAAGCCAAGGUCCUGACCCUGUUUCUAGCCAUCAGGGCAACAAGGCCCCCGAGGUAGGCAAGUUCUAUACCGAGCUUGAAGAUAACCCGUGGGCUGGCUCUAACCCGCCCGAUCCAGCAACGGAUUCGAACGUUCACGGGCUAGAGGAGAAGGCAUCGACUCAUCCCGGGCCGCAGACACAUACGGAUGAGUUAUCCGAUGACUCUUCUAGUAGUAUUUUCAGCUUCAUUUUCGAUGUCGAGACAGACACAGCAGCUGACUUCGCUGAUGACUCCUCCAGUAUUGACAGCUUCAUUCUCGAUUUCGCAACACCCGCGGCGGCAGAGUUAGCCGAGGACCCUUCCUUUAGUAUUGAAGGCAGCACCAUCGACGCCACGGCGCGCACGAAGAUAGAGCCAGCUGAGGAUUUUUUCGGCAGCAUUGCAAACUUCACUUUCGAUGCCGCAACGUCCAUGACGGCGCAGCCAGCCGAGGCCUCUUCUAGGAGCAUUGCCAUUCCCAGCUUAACUUUCGACGUCACCACGAAUCCGUGGGCUGGCUCAAGGACGGCGAGCGAGUGCGCCCUGGAUAAUGUGUUGGCGUAA